ACCGUUCAGAUUUCAGCCAAUUACAAGAGGUGUAAAAAGUUUUCAAACAAUUGGCGUCCGUGGCCGUUGAAAUUCUUCGAGAUCUGUUCGUAUGUGCGUUUCGUACAAAGAGCGUUCGUAGGAUCGCUGUCCGUCAAAAGUCAACUUAUCCGUUUUGAUUGGAAACUUCACACUAUUUAAGCUUUGAUCAUCAGAGAAAGAGGCAAAAUAUUGAACCUGAAGAAGAAGCAUCAAACCUUGUGGGAGAUUUAUUUCAAAGAUUGCUUUGAGGAGAAGCAUUCUAUGGACGGCGUGUGGCAUUUGAAUGCUCCGCAGUGGACGGACUUUGAAUCCAGUCCACAACCACUGGACGAUGGCUAUUUUGACCUGGAACACGAGGAUCUGGAGCCUCAACCAGUGGUACAACAGUUCUCAUACACAGCUCCUAGUGCUGAACUGGAUAAAGAGACAAAAAGAGAUACAAAAGCUGUAAAAAGUAUGUUGAAGGUUCCCGAAUCAAAUGAUUCUUUGACACAAGACAUAGAGAUAGCAAAGUUGACUCCUGUUAAGGUUGUACCUAAUUUGAGUAAAAAGAAUGCAACAGUCAAAGAAACUACAUAUGAUAAUGUGUUGACUGAAGCUAUGGCCAGCCUUCAACUUUCCGCCCGCAAGAAUUCAAGAAGGUCGCAUAGCAUUAGAAGUACACCGUCAAAAUUGACAUCCACACCAGUAACCACAGGAUUGAAGCCUUUGACGAAGUAUCAAGCUGUUCGUUCGACUCCAAGCAAUCCUAUUCCUGUGUGGAUUAGAAGAGCACAACCAUCUGAAAAGUUGAGAAAAUGUGAGAGAAGCGUUGCAAUAUCAACCAUUGAACCAUGUUCAACAAUCCAGCAUGUAAAGACACAGGAUAAUCUAUCCGUACAGGAUGUACAACAAAUAGAAAAUGCCGAAAUUGGUAACAAUGUUUCAGUUAUGCAGUCUGAAAAAAAGCCAACUGACAUAGAUGAUCUCUUAAAUAUGAAACAUCUUCCUGUGGACGGCAUGGUAAACGCUACUGAAGAGAUGCCAAAAACUGCUGAAGAUCCAGAAGAUGUUGCAGAGUUUCCUAUGAAUGAUGUAUUAAAAGUAGACGAAGAUCCUAUUACUGAUGACACGAAGAAUGCCAUUAAAUUACUUCCUACUGAACUUGAAUCUCAAGCUGCCAACAACUUGCUGGUCAAUAAUGGUAUUGUUGAAAAUACUCUGCCUGUUCCAGAUCAUAGAAAACGUGCUUCUAAUAUCUCGCAGCAAUCUCGUUUUUCAAAUAAGGGGCAUAUGCCAAGAUUUUCUACAUGUCAACUUCGUAGGCGAAGUUUGAUACAAUACAGAAGGAGGUCUAACAAAUAUGUAAGCAUGGCUGAGGCAAUAUCCAAGUUUCAGACUGGGACACCAAAACGGUUCAGAUCAAUAAGUUCGAAGAAUACAAAACUUGGGCCUGUGCAGAAGGUACGACAGGUUAGUGUGUCUGCAACAGUACCAAUUUCACCUGCUUUGCGAUGUAAAUUAAGAACAAGACCUACAACCAUCUUGAGUCAGGAGGAACGUGAGCAGCAGGAGAUACGAGAGCUUCGAAAACAUUCUGCUCGCGGAAAUAUGCCUAGAGCUAAUUCCCUAAAAAGUUUGCCACAAAAUUCUGCACCUAAAACUGUUAGGAAUAGAUCAGUGAGUUCUACUCACCCUCCCGCUCCAACAGCGACAAAAAUAUGUAAACCAAAUAUGGAGGAUAAAGUAAAUCGGGAGGCAAUGAGAGUAAAAGUCACUGUACCCACAGUUGUUUCGACCAAGGAAGGAGUAGCAGUUCAAGAUGCUGAGAUUUCAAACUUUGGGGUGCCAGACAUAACAAGUGCUAAAUUAACCACAACCAAGGUAAUGCCAUUCAGUUUUGAAAUGCGAAACAGAGAGCUACAAAAGCGAAAAGAAAAAAAGAUGAAAGAACUGAUGAAUGAGGAACAAAAUAAAACAAAAGGAACCUUUCAUGCGCGGCCCGUUCCCACUUUCAAGAAGCCUAUGCUCAGUGUUCCUAAAGAAGCGAAUACUGCCAAGCAUAAUACUAAACCUUGUCCCUUCAGUUUUGAACAAAGAGAUAAGAACUUGCUGAAGAAGAAGGAAAACUACAUAAAGACUGUUCUGGAAGAAGAUAAAAAAGCUAGAAUCUUUCAGGCAAAGCCAAUUCCAGAAUUUAAACCUGUUUUGGUGCGCGGUAUAUCGAAAGAGAAUAUAAAUGCAGGGAAUAAAACUUCAAACUCUGCUCCUCCUUUAUCUCAAAAAACUCGCAUUUCCGUACUACCAAGCUCAAAAAGUGGUUCAAGAAAUUGUUUGCUUACUAAGAAUAAGUGUUCAAAUCAAGAAAAUCAAAAUCCAUCUGUGGUUUCUAGUGCCCAAUCUUCACAGAAUUGUAAAUUGAAGGAAGAUAAGAGCAAAUAUGAUCCAAACCCUAUAAAAGUAUUAUCUGAUCACGAGUUUCAAUUAAACACAGAUAAAAGGGCAAAAGAGAGGAAGGAGUUUGAUGAAAGAAUCAAGCAGAAAGAACAGGAGGUAGAGAAGCUGAAGAAAGAAGCGGAAGCGGAAAAACUGAAACGAACUGAGAGUGAAAUAGCAGAACUUAGAAAAAUGGCUGAGAUACAAGCAAGACCAAUGCCAAUUUACAAACCCCCAGUUGUCAUUCGUUCCGAGAAACCACUCACCGAACCUCAAAGCCCUGGCUGGGCUUCAAAACUAAAGCGUUAACAGAGAUGACUACUUUUGAUUAUUCAGAAUGAUCGUAUGAAUAAACUAGU